GCUAAAAGCUGCGGAGUGUGAGACUGCUGCGGGGAUGGUGAAGUGUCCUCCUGUCCCUACGGAUCUGACAGCGCGCUGGAAGACUGGAGAGCGUCUCUUGGCUCUGUCGCUGUAGAGACAGAAAUCAGCUCCCAUGCUGGGUGUCUUUCUCGGCCUGUGGAUGAGAUCGCGGUGAAUUGCCGGGGCAUUGAAUGUCACCUGCAGACGCAAUGGAUUACGGACGGACUAUGGCCCCUCCGGUGCCGCCGCACAAACCCAAACCAGCCCGGCCUGGGCAGGGGCAGGAGCGGCUCCUGAAGUGCGUCCUUCUGGGAGACGGAGCGGUGGGGAAGACCAGUCUGGUGGUCAGCUACACGACCAAUGGAUACCCAACCAAAUAUGUUCCGACUGCAUUUGAUAACUUUUCGGCUGUGGUUCAGGUGGACGGGAGCCCUGUGAGACUACAGCUGUGUGACACUGCAGGACAGGUGAGAACUGUUCACCUACAGACGCAUAUCGCAUCACUCUUUGACACCCAACAUGGAGAUGAGUUUGACAAACUCCGCCACUUCUGUUACAGUCGCACAGAUGCCCUUCUGCUCUGCUUCAGCGUGGUGAGCCCCGCUUCAUUUCAGAAUGUCUGGGAGAAAUGGGUCCCUGAAAUCCGCCGCCGUUGCCCCCUCACCCCAAUCCUCCUUGUGGGCACGCAGUGCGACCUGCGGCAAGACGUCAAGGUGCUGAUCGAGCUGGCGAGGCGGAGAGAGAGGCCUGUCGCAGAAGAAGAUGCCAGAGCGCUUGCAGAAAAAAUGGGGGCCGUCACGUACGUGGAGUGCUCGGCGCUGACUCAGAAGAACCUGAAGGAGGUGUUCGAUGCAGCCAUCUCAGUGGGGCUGCGUCACUCUGACAGGAGGGCGCGCCGGGAGAGGACGGUCCGCAGCACCGCUGAUAAGAUGAAGAUGCUGUCUAAGUCAUGGUGGAAGAAGUAUGUGUGUGUCCAGUAGGAAAAGCGAGAGAUUUAAGUUUUUGUAACUGACUCAGAACUGGAACUGCUGUGGUUUCUAGAGAGACUGUGUUGAACGUAAGGACGUUACAUUUUGACGGAUGAGCUGGUCUAAAGGACAGGAGCAGAGAGUGCUGAUCUGAACUUGUAGGCUGCAGAUGGUUUCACCUCAAUGUGAAAAAAAAAAUAACUAUGACCAGCAUUCAACCAAAAAAACAGUGCCAACAUCACAUGGAUUUCAUUUUAUACUGGAUUUAUCCAAAGGAAUGUGAGCUGACUUGGAGGGAAGAUGGUAAUAAGGUGGCAAUGUUAAUUAUGUUUCUCAUUUUUGUUUAAUUUGUGAUAUCAUUUGGUGUGUUUUAUGUGUUGUACACCCUUA